AUGGCGGCGAGGAUUCUACCAACGACAUCAGCAGAGGUAAGCCGAGAACAAACAAGCCCUGGAGAGCGUACUAUUCUAAUUGCUGUAGGAUACUGGGCGGGCACAAUUGGAACCCAGCGACUACUGAAGAUGUUCAAGAAGUACGACAUCAAAACCACCUGGUUCAUUCCGGGUCACUCCCUCGAAACCUUCCCGGAAGACAUGGCCGCCGUUCGCGACGCAGGCCACGAGAUCGGUCUGCACGGCUACUCCCAUGAGAAUCCCACAGACAUGUCGCUUCAGCAGCAGCGAGACGUCCUGGACAAGACAUAUCGGAUGCUGACCGAGUUCGCGGGAAAGCCGCCCCGAGGCAGCGUGGCUCCUUGGUGGGAGACCAGCCAAGAAGGCGCUCAGCUUCUACUCGAUUAUGGAAUCGAAUACGAUCACAGUAUGAGUCACGAGGACUGUCAGGCCUAUUACCUUCGCACGGGCGACACUUGGACCAACAUUGAUUACACGAAGAAGGCCGAGGAAUGGAUGAAGCCUCUCGAGCAUGGUCCGCAGACGGGCUUGGUGGAGAUUCCGUCCAAUUGGUACAUUGAUGACCUGCCUCCUAUGAUGUUCAUCAAGAGUGCUCCCAACAGUCAUGGGUUUGUGAACCCGCGAGACGUGGAGGAUAUCUGGCGUGACCACUUUGACUAUUUCUACCGGGAGUAUGAUGAGUUUAUUUUCCCCAUUACAAUCCACCCGGAUGUUUCGGGACGACCUCAUGUGCUUCUGAUGCACGAACGGCUCAUCGAGCACUUCAAGAAACACGAGGGCGUGGAGUUUGUGACUAUGGAACAAGUUUGCGAUGAGUUUAAGAGCAAGAAUGCUCCUCCUCCGGGCGCUUUGAUGCCCGCGAAGGCUGGGGCGAUGCUUCAGAAGUAG